AAGAAUUAAGUGGAAAGAAAAAGUCUGGAGGAGGUGAAAUAUCACAGAGACACUACUUAAGAAAGGAGACAGUCGGACAUGGAGGAGGAGGAGGAGGAGGAGGAAGAGGAGAGGGAGGAGGAAGACUGCCCUCUGAGAGAGGCUCUGUGAUAUUAUUGGCCCCUGGAGCAGAGCCUCCUCCUGCAGGAGUGUUGGGUUGUGUUGCAGGAAGGAAAGGUCCAGGUAAGCAGACAUCUUUGGCCUUCUUACAGAACCAGCUUCUCGACCUCCAGGACUCCGGAGCACCCGACGAUGACAACAGAGGGGUGGUGAGAGGCGUUCUGCCUCUGGAGCUGAGAGAUUUGAAGAACGGCCGAUCUGUUGGCUGUCUGAUUGUUGGUCCUGAUGGGGAGAUCCUUCGACUCUCUCUGUACGAUAACAGCCAGGACCAAACUGCUAGUGACGGCGAAACAAGGGAGCAAGGAGGGUCGGAGCAGAACACACACCUUCCUGAUGAACAUGUCCCGCUCCAUCAGUCCAUUCCUCAGCUCUCAGAUAUUCACAGAUCAGCGGACGUCUUUCCCCCCAGCAGCCUCACAGACUCAGGAUUUAAAUACAAAUCACAUGUGUUUGUCCCUUCAGUGGCUCAGACCAGGAAGAAAACAAAGAGUGCCGAGGCAGCAGUGGACACGUGGAAGUCAGGAUUAAAGGGUGCCAGAAACAAUGUUAGGAUGCCUCCAUUGAGGGAGAGGGUUGUUAGUACAGAGAGAGGAGGUGAUGCUGAAGAUGAGGAUGAAGACGAGGGAUUGCAGCAGCCGGGGCAGCAGAACAUCGACCCGAUCGAAGCAACAUCAGAGGACGCUUUGAAGAAGAGUGCUGAGGGAGCUGCAGUAACCACAAGAAGUGAUAAGAAAACGGGGAAAAGUGAGGAAUCAGAUGGAGGGAAGAAGGCUUCGAGGAUGAGGAGAGAAGGAAGAUCAGGAAAAGAAAAGACAGGAAGAGAUGCUCCAUCAGUCGUCAGCAGGAGACGAGAGGAGAGGACCCUCAGAGGAGCAGCAGAGACUAAAGCCCCGUCUGCUCGCCCUCCUCAUAUGACAGACGUGAAAGGAACGAGAGGAGAAGGGCAGGAGAACGAGGAGAGAGAGGGGCGAGGAGAAGAGGUGAGGAGGAGGCAAGAGUCUGCUGGGAAGAGAAGAAGAAGAAGGCUGAAACACAAAGACUUAGUUUUGGGAAGCCCAGAGGACUCCCUGGAGAAUCAGGAGGCGGAGACACACCAAGAACUGAAAGAAGAGUCUCAUCCGGCAUCCCCAACAAAUCCCUCUGCAGCACAAAACCACAAGAACAGAACAAACUCAGAGGGAGACGCUGCAGAAACCGACCGUCUUUACACAGACGCUGACAAACUCGCCAGCGUGCGCUCGGUGAGCUCGCUCAGGUCGACUGCAGCUGCAUCACAGUCCACUCUGAAGAGCUCCAGGCGGUCUGUUGCAUCCUCCUGUGAGGGGGCGGGGCCAGCCAGCGCCCUGGGUCUCACUUCAUCACAUGGUCGCCUCUCGUCAUGUUCAACUGUCAUGGUAACUGAGGAACAGCUGAUGCUGAACCCGGCGAAACCAGAGGCGUCCAAGCCGAGAAAGAGUCAGAGAGAGGAGGAAGAGGAGGCGGCAGCGCUGCGUCUCACCCAGCAGGCAGAAAAACGGAGGCGGGAGGUGGAGAGGAAGAGGAGGGAGCGGGAGGAAGAGGCGAGGAGGCAGCAGGAGAGGGAGCAGACAGAGGACAGGAUGAAGAGCGAGCUGGAGGAGGAGAGAAGGAGGAGAGCUGAGGAGCUCAGAUUGAAGAGGAUGGCGGAGGAGGAGAAGAGGAGGAAGCAGGAGGAAGAGGAGCAGGCUCGAGAGAGACGGGAACAGGAGCAAAGAGAAAGAGAGAGAAGGAGGCAGGAGGAGAAGAUGCGUCAGAUGGAGAGACUCCAGAAGAUGAGAGAGGAGGAGGAACAGAGGAGGAGAGCUGAACUUGAGCGUCUGCGACAGGAAGAGGAGACGAGGCAGGAGGAGGAGAACAGGAAGUUACAGGAGAUGGAUGAGAAUGAGAGGGUGGAGUACCUCAGCAGGAAGGAGCAGGAGGAGGAGGAGAGGAGGAAGAACGAAGAGGAGCGGAGGAGAAGAGAGGAGGAGGCAGCUCUACAGGCUGCAGAGGACGCCAAGCUGCAGGCCGAGCUGCUAGCCAGACAGAUGGCGCUGUUGGAGCAGCAGUUGGCCUUUAAACGGGGGCUUGCGUUGGAGGCUGGGGGUCUGGAGAAAACUCAAGGAAUUUCCAGACCCUGGGUUUACUCUUAUUUUACUUUGUUGCAGCUACUGGGUCUCAAUCCAACUUAACGUGAGGCCGAAGAUGACAGGACGCCUCCGUCUGAGAUCUUUCUACUCGGUCCCUCACUCAGCGACCUCAUGGAUUAGAUCCAGUUAUUGAAAAUGAGCACGUUCAUAUCGAUGCUCCUCGUCUUUUACUUGAAGAUAAAAAAACCCUUUACCAUCGUCUGUUUACCUUUGAGGGAUAUUCUCACGUUUCUACAAAAGAUCAAACUUUUCAUACAUGAUGUUUUUCUUGUCUGCCUUUUUAAUGUUAUUUAGUUUUUUCUUGUUGAUAUUUAUCUUAUUAUUCUUACACUAAGAAAAAUCCUGACGAUGUUCGUACUCAGGGAGUAGAGACUGGUCGUUACAAAUAGAGCUGGCUCCCGGAGGAGGACAGACUCAGUGCGCUCAGUGUGACACCUUACAGGUAGAGACGGAGCUCCACCUCCUCACAUCGAGGCCAAAAUACCAGACUGUGAGAGAGGAAUACUUCCCCCAGAUAACACAUGUAAACCCUGAGUUUGAACAUACACCACACG